UGAGAGAGAGCGAAACUGUGAGAUAUAAAAAGAAAUUACCUUGAUUGUUGUGAUGUGAUUUAACUUAAAUCGUUGGUUCAUUGAAGAUCAAUUGUUUUCCUUUUUUUUCGUUAAAGCUCAGUAAUUGUAAUCGUAUUUCUAAUCAUGGCUUCUCAAGAGGACUUCAAUAAAGCGGCCGAAGAAGUUAAGAAUCUCAAGAGUCGACCAACUGACCAAGAGCUACUUGAAUUAUAUGCUCUCUUCAAACAAGCAUCCGAAGGCGAUUGUAACACUGAACGACCUGUGUUGGACUUCAAGGGUAAAGCUAAAUGGGAUGCAUGGAACGAGAAGAAGGGUAUGGCUAAAGACGAAGCUCGUACUGCCUACGUUAAUCGAGCUAAGCAACUGAUUGACACUUAUGGUCUCAACUAAAACCGUACUAAGUGUCGACACGAACCUAGAAUAAUAUCUUAGGUUAUAAUUGAUAAUUUCUCACUUUGAUCUAAUUAUUGGAACAAUUUAAUUUCUAAAUUGAAUAAAAUAUUCACUAAAUUAUAAAAAAAAA